AUGUCGAAUUCCCUUCUUGACAGAGCUCUUUUCUCACAGGGGUUUGCGUCUUUGUGGUCGAAUAUUGUAACUCAUGCCCUUCCUCGUCUGACCUCGGAUCACUCUCCGUUGGUCAUGAUUUGUCGUGCGGAUUCUGUUCAGGGAAGGAGGUCCUUCAAAUUCCUCAACAUGUGGGUUUCUCAUCCAAAUUUUCAAGAUCUCGUCACUUCUUCUUGGGAGCAGAGAGUUGAUAUUAACUGCCAGAUCUUUCGUGUUAUGUUCAAACUCAGACGUCUUCGUUCUGAUCUGCGGAAUUGGAACAAAACGGUGUUUGGUAAUGUCGAUACUCAAAUUGAGGAGGGACAGAGACGGUUAAGUGUGCUGCAGAACGAUAUCUCCAGCACGGGGUAUACCGAUGAUCUGUUUGAUGCAGAAGUUGCCGAGCAGGCCUCUCUUGGGACUCUUCUGGAUAGGAAGUGUAAUCUUCUUCAACAAAAGAGCAGGGCGAAUUGGCUAAAUGAUGGUGAUCGUAAUUCGUCCUUUUUUCAUCGUUUGAUAAAGUUUCGUAAACGGCCACAAAGAAUUGAGCAUCUUAAGAUUGAAGGCAAUAUGGUUUAUGAUCAGAGUAUCAUUCAAGACCACAUUAUCGAUUUUUUCUCGAAUCUUUUCAGAGAGGAAGGGCAACGCACUGUGGACAGAGUUAUGCUGGAGGCUAUUAUUGAUGAGUGGGUUACGGAGGAGCAGAAUGAUACUCUCACUCGUAUUCCGGAUGAUGCGGAGAUCGCGGCUGCUGUUUUUGGGAUGGAUUCUAACAGUGCUCCUGGGCCGGAUGGUUUUUCUGGUUCUUUCUUUCAGAAUUGCUGGAGUAUCAUAAAAGCUGACGUUGUUGUUGCAAUUCGAGCUUUCUUCUUAAAAAAUUAUUUGCCGGCUGGGUGUAAUGCGAGUACGUUGAUUCUCAUUCCAAAGAAGGAAGCGGUGGACACUGUUGCUGAUCUUCGGCCGAUCAUCCUUUCAAACUUCUUCUUUAAAAUCAUCUCGAAGAUUUUAGCUACGAGAUUGGGAGCUAUUGCCUCGCGCGGAGUGUCUCAAAAUCAGUUUGGUUUCAUUAGUGGCCGCUCCAUUCAUGAUUGUAUUGUGAUGGGCUCGGAGGGUUUUAGCUGUAUGAACAGAACCGGGCGUCGUUCGAACAUGGCUUGCAAGGUGCUUCGGGUGAAUGGCUUUAAUGAGAGAUUCAUUCAGUGGAUUUCGAUCAUCUUUAACUCGGCUCGUAUUUCCAUUCUUUACAAUGGACAGCUUAGCGGGUAUUUUGCUUGUUCUCGAGGGGUGCGGCAGGGAGAUCCCUUGUCUCCGAUCAUUUUUGGUAUAGCGGAAGACGUUCUCAGUCACCUGUUUUCGAACUGUGUGCGGUCUGGACACCUGGUCCCUAUGGAUUACAGUCGUGCCACUCACUUCCCCACUCACCUUCUUUACGCGGAUGACAUCCUAAUCUUUUGCAAAGCCUCGGUGAAGAAUGCUCGUAAAAUCAAAGAGAUUCUGGAGUUGUAUGGUGAUCUUUCUGGACAGAUUUGUAGUCCGGAAAAAUCUCGUGUUUUUUUCUCUGAAAAAGUACAACCGGGGCUGCGUCAUGGCAUCUCGAGAUGCAUGGGUUUCUCUUUGGGCGAGCUGCCGGUUAUCUACUUGGGGGUUCCGUUGUUUGUUGGCAGAAUCAAGGCUUCUUAUUUUGAUGCUAUUCAUGAUCGUAUUAUUCAGAAAUUUGCCCGUUGGAAGGGUCUUCAUCUGUCUAUGGCAGCCUGGCGUCUGGUGAAAGGCAAAGAUCUUAUGGCUGCCACAUUGAGCACGAGGUAUCUCAAUUCUUUUGGCCACGCGAAGAAUAACAUUGGUUCUUCUCCUUUUUGGACCAGUGUUCGUGAUCAUGUGACUCAGUUAGUUGAUGAUUCUUAUUCUCUUAUUGGGGUCGGCGCUGCUACUAUGUUUUGGUGCGAUGAUUGGCUUGGUUACAGAUUGACUGACAAGUUAAAGAUUCCUUGCUACAUGUUCGAUUUUCUUACUCAAGCCGUGGACGAGUACUUUUUCGAUGGAAUCUGGCACUUUUCUGAGGAUUUUAUCAUCAAUUUUCCGGAUGUUGUAAUUGAUAUUCUCCUUCUUCCUAUCGGUGGUGAUGAAGACACCCGUUUCUGGAAGCAUUCGGUCAGUGGGGAGGUCACCUCUGCUACGGCAUACUCUCAUACGAGCCAGGAUUUUCCUAAAGUUUUGUGGGGGAAUUGGAUUUGGGAGCGUUUCAUACCUGAGCGACGCUCGAUUGUGUGCUGGCGCGUUAUUCACCAACGCUUGCCGACGGUGGAUAAUCUCAUCCGCCGGGGAAUUCAGGGUCCCAAUCGUUGUGCGCUAUGUGGGAAAGCGGAAGAGUCGAUCAACCACUUGUUUUGGGAUUGCGAGAUGAUUAAACCUAUUUGGGGAGAAUUCUUAUAUUGGUUUCAACAAGAGGAUUUAAAGCAUUGUGUUGAUAUUCACAGCUUCAUGGUUAGCGCCUGGUCUUUGGAUAGCAGUUCGUUGAUCAAAGCUUUUUGGAAGGCGGGCAUUGUUAACAUUUUGUGGAAAAUAUGGGACUGUCGUAAUCAUGUUAUUUUUGAUGAUUUGGAGUUUAACAUCAUUAUGAUUAGAAGCUUUAUCAAAGUGAGUUUUAGAGAGAUGGAUCGGCACUUCAAGAAGUUGGGUAACUCCAAUAAUACCUGGUCGGAUUAUCUCAUUUUGCGAUCUAUUGGUGUGGCUACUCGCGCUAAGCCUCCGCCGAUUAUGAUUGAGGUUUAUUGGUGGCCUCCGGCUGUUAGUUGGAUGAAGGUCAACACGGAUGGUUCGGCUCAUGGGGCGCCGGGGAGUAUUGCAGCUGGUGGAGUUUUUAGAGACAGCUGGGGUUGGGUACGAGGCUGUUUUCACUUUAAGGGUGGGCGAGGUUUUGCUUUCGAAGCUGAGCUUCUGGCCGUGAUCCAUGCAAUCUCGAUUGCCCAUAAUCGAGGAUGGUUUUCUCUAUGGGUGGAAGCUGAUUCUGAGUAUAUGGUUCGGCUUCUCCAGGAGAGAAGCAUGGACGUUCCUUGGCGUUUCAUUGGUCUUUGGAAGCAAGCGAUUAUGAAAAUUUCUGACUUCAAUAUGCAGGUGUCGCAUAUUUACCGUGAAGGAAAUAGAGCAGCGGACAUCAUGGCAAAUCAAGAUCGCGAAGAGGGUUGGUGGCCUUUUGCCAUUGAGGAGAUAAAGUUGGCGACCAACUUGGAUAUGGCGACGCAUAGUGCGAUGGCGGCUGGUUGUGAGCUUCGGCUGUUCGCUGCACAGGUGCUGCGAUGCCUCUGUUUGUCGCAGCUGGUUACUUGA